AUGGUGAGGCUCUCUCUUGCUGAGUAUGAGGCCUCACAAGCGCCAGCAGCAGCAUCGGACCCUCACCAGAAAGGUAGCGGAAGCGAUCGCGCUUCCGAGAGUUUCUUGACAAGAUACGGGGAGAGAGAGAAGAGUAUCGGUUUGAGGAAGGAACAUCUCGAGACAGUCAUUAACGUGUCCACCCAGUCUGAGCAUUACUCACCAAACCGCAGGCAAUUCCUCAAUCGAGAUGGCAAUGAUGGAUCAGACGAGAAAUGA